UCCAUUGGUAAAAAAUAGAAUACUUUACCUGUUCUGAGAGACGUUAAAUAUCAACCCGUGUUAUUAUCCUUGAAACAACAAUAGGUGCAUUUUUACCAAUGCACAGACCAUACCGUACAACGAGAUAAUGUAAUUGACUUGGAUGACUCCAAAGUAUUGUACAGAGAGAGCAAUCUGUUCAAACGGAAGAGAAAGGAAGACAUCUGGAUACGAUGCAAAGGGCCAGAUUAAUCGAGAUGAGGGGGGUCAUAGAAUCUCGUUUAUUUAUGACCGAUUAUUUGACAAAGUGUACUCUUAUCGAUUUGUUAGUUUUUAUCGUCCUUUUCGUCAUUAAGUGUACACACGCUUGCAUGUAUAGUGUAGCCAAAUCAACGGCGAUUCUUACAUAUUUUGCACAUUUAUGUACCUACGCUUCACUGGUCAGUUGUCUGAUGAAGGUGAUAGAGUACAUACUGUGCUAGUCAUCAAAAGGUCACACGUAAACCCUUGACUGAUAGUGCCACAUUAACCUUUCUAUAAUCCAUACUUACAUGUAUACAUAUACCAACCAGAAGGAAAUAUUUAGAAACCAAUUGUUACAUUUUUCAUGACUAAAGCACUGAAACAUCUCUUUUUAUGGCAUCUCUGACGUGACCCUUCAGGAGUCACAUUCUUAUUCUUAUUCUAUACAAAUUCUGAAUUUCCUUUACCUAAAAUGUCCCAUGCUAAAUUGUGGUCCAAGUUUGAGUGAAAAAUAAUGUGCAAUACUCUUUUUAUGAUCGUGUGACAGCGGUCACUCCGAAUUUUCAGUACUUUGAUAUUUAGUAAAAAAAUCAGGGGGUAAGGGAAAAGAAGCUACGAAAAGUCGGCAUAUCUAGUGAUCCAUCCUUACAAAGUUUGUAUGCAGUAACAGAUGGAUCCCUUAAGAUUUUUUCAAAUGUCAAAAUUUGAUGGAACCUGAGCUUCAUCAUACUUAUUCUGUCACUUAAACGAAAAAUGAAGAAAUCAAAAUGUGAUAAUUUUAUGACUAAUAACGAGUAAAAAUGUCGUUUGCAUGAAAAUGACACCAAACAUUGUCUAUUGUUAUAUAUCACUGGAAAGGUUAUUAAAAAUGCCAUUUAUCAUUGGAAUCAGAUUUUUUUUUUUUUUUGUGUAUUUUGAAAAAUAUUGCAUUAAUGACACAUGGGGUCCUUGGUGUCCUGAAAAUCAAUGUAGGAGGCGCUGGAGUUACAAAUUUGUUCUAUUUGAGGAAUAAACAUUCUUUUGAUUUGUAUUUUAUGCCUAUUAACUAAUUUAUACUGAAAAUUUUUAUGUUAUGUUUAAGUGAUGUACCGCUACCGCAUUUGAACCCCCCCCCCCCAAAAAAAAAAUUAAAAAAUGUCGAUUAGUUGUUAGUGUUUUUCGUAUGGAAUAAACAAGAUAUUGUUCCACCAAUAGGAAAGAGAACAUCUGGAUAAUCUGGAUACGGAAUGGUCCUUAACGCCGCCUUAAAAUGCCAAGCUGGGUAUUACGGUGUGCGUUGUGAUAAAAUUUGUCCUCACUACUGCAAUGACAACUUCUGUAUCCAGACCAAUGGAUACUGUGUAGGCCUUACAGACACAGAGAGCUACAAAACUGCUGCAGUCGGGAUAGGUGUUGGAUGUGGUGUGGUCAUUUUACUACUGGUCAUCUUAGUUAUUGUACAGACCAGGCGUCUCUCGAUGAAGCACAGAGACAACACGGGACCUAUUCAGAUGUCCGAAAUCUUACAACAAGCCAAAAGACACGAGUUAAAGGCAGAUAUAGAUGGUCCUUAUGAAGUUGUAGACACCAAAAAUGGGAGGCAAAUCUCCAAGAGUGCCACAGCUGAGGAACAUUAUGAAAAACUUGAUUCCCUAACUAGGACCGUCCCUAACGUGUACGAUACCGUAGGGAUAACUGUGGAUGCGGGAUCCUAAAUGCAGCGAGGAACGAUUAAUUCUGUUACAGUAUUACUAGCUCAUUACUAACUGUUGUGUGUGUUUUUAGCUUAAGUGCGGGAAAACAUAUUGAACUUUUGAACCUUUUGUUAUGUCUUGUUCCUAUGACGAUUAUCUUACCAACUGAUUUGUUUUACUUCGUCAUCCAUUGUGAUUGUUUUGUCUAAAACAUGCUUGAAAUAUAUUUCUUCGAAACAUCUUCAUGUCCUGCAUACAAUUUAUCCUGUAUUCAUAUAUCACUUUCGGAAAGUUGUCUCCCUUGGUACAAGUUCACUAAUAUGGAAAUAACUAUAAUGGUUUACAAAUGAAAGAAGAAAUGGCGUUGUAUGAAUAAAUAUUCUAGAACUGUAUACAAAUGUACUAGUUAUCGUAUCCACGAGAUGACAUUUACCAUGUAAGGGAGAGAACUUGUAUAGGCUUUGUCUGUUGCCCAAUUCCUUUAAAUAGGAUUUAUUUAAUAAAACAUGUUGAAAUGAAAAACAUUUUUAAUAAGAAUUGCUUUUUCGAAAAAGACACUUAAUGGUGAAUUUUACAUAUUUUGAAACAAACAUUUUGUGAUUAUGAAUCAAAAAUGAUAUCUUAAGCAAUUAUUAACACAUUUACCAGAUAUACAGUUGGGAGCAAACUUAACUUGGUAUCUAGUGCACUUCUUAGUGCACACCUAGUGAACAAGGAAGUGCACUUGACAAAACAUUGAGGUGCACUCCAGUUCAUUUCAAUGUUAACUCCAGUUCAUUUCAGUGUUAACUCCAGUGCACUACGAUGCUAACUCCAGUGCACUACAGUGUUUACCCAAGUUUUAAUUUUGAUAAUGAAAUAGGGUUCCUUUGUGAUAUGAAAAAUUAACAAGAAAGGAAAGAAUAAUUCAACCACAGAACUAGAUUAUCUAAGUUCGUGAUUUAAUUGAAUAUUUCAUAAUAUCGAAUUCACAAUACACGUAUUUUUUUGGAGUUUUGAUUACUUAAAAUUUCGACUGAACAUAUACAUGUACAAAUUUGUACACCAUCUCUGGUGAUUAUAGAAAAUCUAUAUAAAGCUGUACUUUUUCAGGGGAAAAAAUUAAAAGUUCACUUUAUCAUAGUUAAAUUCACAUCACAUUUCAUAGCAAUGCUGUAGUGUCAGAAUGGGGGAUCGCUAUCUGUUAAGUGAUAUGGGUAAAUGUGGUACUUUGUAUGAAAGGUUUCUCUAAAACACGACAUCAAUAGAGUAAUACGCUUGUUUGUUUUAUCCAACAAGUCAAGAAAAGUUAAAAUUCCAGAUUUUUUUUUAUAUCAUGGCAUGGAACUAUAUAGAUAAAAGGUAAAUAUCAAGCUAAAGAUGUGUAAUUAAUUUAUAAAAGUUAGUUAAUCGUAAGUUGCCUUCUCACACUAAGAUUUAGAAGUAAAAAACUAUGGGUUAGUCUGAUUUUGAUUUCUUUGUUAAAUUUAUAUACUCAUCAGGUACAUGAACAUCCUGAUGGUUGAAUAAGAAAAAUAUCCCCCAACCACCACCACAUCCCCUGGGUCUACUGUACAUGUGUUCCCCACACCAAUGUAGCAGGUAUACAGCUGGCCUGGUGGUACAGUAAUGAAUUGCCACUUGUUAAAAUGAUGACAAAACUCAUGUUUGCACAGUGCAAGCACCUGUAGGUAAAGUUAUAUAUACAUGUACAAAAAUGAAAUAAGUUGAUCGAUUUACUAAUUAAUAAUCAAAUCAAUUAAGUUUCACAGGUAAUUUCAAGUUUUAAUAAUACAGUUACAACUUUAUUUCAGUGGCAGAUUUAAAGAUGGUUGCUAGGGCAGUGUAACCACCCCCUGAUACAUUUUUUUCUUUUCAAUAUGAUGGCCACCCACUGUCCAUUCACCUGUGGACGGCAAUUAUUCUUGUCAAUUAAUCCAACCCAUUGUCUGUCCAGUAGAUAUACACAAAUGAAUCAGUACAUGGUUACAGGUAAGAUAAUGUGGAUGUCCCUUUGUCAGGAAAUGACAGACUCGGGCACAAUUCUAUCUCAAAACAUCGACUGUUUCACACUACCUAAUCCCUCAAAUGGUUUACAAACUGGUUGUUACAUAAAUAGUCAACACUAAUUGAUAACCACCCUAGCAUCAAUUCAUUGGUCACUGAACCAUGAUAGAGCAUGUUGUACCUGUACAGUAUGUUCAGUGGUCCAUAAUAGCCACAGAGCACAGGUGUUACAAUUAAAGAACUAAAAGUGUGUGUUUUUAAACACACUCACAGAUUCUUUAAAAGAUGAUCCAAGGACUCUGAGCUGUUAUCAUUUGUAGUUAAUUUAUCAUUUCUUAAAAAAGGAUUACAUGUAUAUUUAUAUACACAUCCCUAAUGUAUUCUUUAUGCACAAAUCAUCUACUCUUUGAAUAGGUGAUCUGACAUAACAAUUAGGUGUUAAUUUUUGAUUGGACAAUACAUUUUUUUU